AUGCACGAAACGGAUGUUAAAUCUGGCACGCGCAUAUCGCACCUCUCCCCGCAGCUCGCCGCCGCUACGCCGGGGUCUCUCCCGCUAACCCCACCGUCAUCGCCCGGUCCUUACAGGGAAUCCAAAAGUUCCCCGGAUACUACAUCACACCAGAGUCACCAGAGUCACCAGAGUCGACAGGAAUACUUGGACUCUCUGCAACCGCCAUCCAAGGAGGAGUUUCAGCGUCUGACAUUACUACAAGAGCAGCGCGAAAAAGAGCACAAGCGCCGCGAUCAAGAGCUACGCCGCCAAAGCAUAGUAAUCGCCCACACGAGCAUGCAGGCAAGGCGAGACUUCAUGCAAUCAAAGGUAGCUGAGGAAGAAGAACGCUUAGGACAUCAUCACUCUAUAUUCGGGCAUAGACAUUCAAACUCUAAAUCGCGCUCCAGGCCGAGUAGCAAGAAUGCAAUGUCUGAUGAAAAAGGCGAAGCCGCAGAUGGCUGUAUCAGGUCGAAGGCGGCAACCGUAAUUCAGCGAACUUAUCGUGGAUAUCGUGUGCGCAGAGAGAUGCAAGGGCUAGGCUUAGAUGCAGGUACCAGGUGGACACAUGCAAUCAGAGAUGCACAAUGGAAGGACCUAAACACGCCUCGAGCUAGACAGAAUAGCUCACAGAGUAUCGGGAACGGUGACACAGGUGACCAAAGGAGGCCUAGCAGUAGCCGAUCCACAGCACGGAAGAAUUGGAUGAAGGUGGCCAAGAUAGCCCGCCGCGCUGGGGCUGAUGAGGAUUCCGAUCAUGCAGAAGACAGUUCAUCCUCAUCACUCAACGAAGAAGACUUCCAAGGUAUGAGUGCCGAAAAAAAGGCAGAAGUAAGAAAGAAGCAGAUGAAGGCUCGAGCAAAAAGACGAGAACGCGCCCGAAUGAUGGGACUACAAUACUUCUUAGAAAUGGUCGACCUAAAGCACCGGUACGGGUCUAACUUGAGAGCAUAUCACGAAGAAUGGAAGAAGUCUGAUACUAACGAGAACUUCUUUUACUGGCUGGACUAUGGUGAAGGUAGGAAAAUCGCCUUGGCAGCUUGUCCUAGGGAAAGGUUGGAUCGCGAGCAAGUGCGAUAUCUGAGCCGAGAGGAGAGGCAGUAUUAUUUAGUGAAAGUUGAUGUGGAAGGCCGUCUAGUUUGGGCCAAGAAUGGCAUGCGUGUUGACACCACAGAAAGGUGGAAGGACAGCAUUCAUGGUAUUGUUCCGAUCGACGACCCUACGCCUUCAUUCACGGCAAACGGCGAAUCGCACGUACAAGCCAAAUCUAACGUAGAAUCGCCUACACAGCAGCACAUCCAUUCAGGUUCGUCGUCUCCAAGAUUUUCACGAGAUUCGGAGCUAGAAGCUGCAAUGGCAGCAAAGUAUGCGGACCCUGACUUUGACGACCGAAAGGGUGUUAGAAAAAUCCGACACGUAUCAGCCGCAACAAUAUUCAACAAGCUCCUCCGCAAAACAGUCCGCAAAAAUACGUGGAUAUUUGUUGCCGACACAUCGUUCCGCUUGUAUGUCGGCGUCAAAAACAGCGGUGCUUUCCAGCACAGUUCGUUCUUACAAGGAUCGCGGAUAUCCGCAGCCGGGUUGAUUAAGAUAAAAAACGGGCGGUUAUCAAGCCUUUCGCCACUCUCAGGCCACUACCGCCCUCCGGCUUCAAAUUUCCGCGCCUUUGUGCACAGUCUAGAGGAAGAAGGCGUUGACAUGUCGCACGUGAGUAUCAGCAAGAGCUAUGCCGUCCUAGUCGGACUGGAGGCAUACAUCAAGACGAAGAAAAAGGGCAAGGAAGCGAUGCAGACGCUCACGCACCAGAAGCAGAAGCUGUUAGACCCCGAAGAGGCCCGUAAGAAGGAGGAGGCGGAGCUCGAUACAAGCCAAAGCGCAGCAAAGGAACGGAAAUUCCUCGAGAAGGAGAGGGAAAAGGAAGAGGUCCACCGCGUCGAGAAUAAGGCGACUUUCAAGUUUAUGCAGAAAUUACAGAGGUUUGGAUUUCAACCGAGGACCCCAUCCGGUCAAAAGAAUAGCGACGCGAUACAUGAUUCAAAGAAGCAUUGA